AAGUAACAUGUACAGUGAAAUGAAUUUAUAAACAGCGAAUUUUUAUUACCACCCUAGUGGAGGUUAUCUAUUUAUUUUCUUUUUCUUGUGAAAAACAGAUUCAUUUCUUUGUUGUUUCUGCCUGGACAUUGACAAGUUGAAAUGUUCCACCAAAACCACCUAGUGUUCUCAAGUGCUGCGGGCAAUUGCAAUUAGUAUACGAGGAAUCCAUGCACCUAAGCUCUUAUAAAAGUAGAGAGCAUAAGAAGGUUGUUCAGCAUUUUAUAACAGUAACUCCGUUCAACGCUGCUAGUAGCCCCGGGUAGAGAACUGUGCGUAAGGUUGACCUAGCCCUCUCUCAACGCUGCUAGUAGCCCCGGGUAGAGAUUCCUUUCAUAAGGUAAAGGUCUCUAGCUUAGUAAGCAGCAUUGCAGUCUUAGGUAAACGUCUGCGUUUAAAUUUACCGCGGCGGCGUAGGCUUGAUAAUCUUUUUGGACUAUAGGGUAAGAAGUGAGUUUAACACCAACUAAAUUUUAUUAAUGAGUCUGUUUCAUUGUUUCUUGCUCCGAUUUGGUAGAAACAGAGUAGUAAACUCAUUUCAGCUGAGUCAUAGUUUAGCCACCCUUGUUGAUAUUCCUGAUUAUGCCAAGACACUAGCGACUCGAAUAUCAAACUGCAACAAUCUAGAGCAGCUCGACCAAAUUUACGCCCACAUAAUCCGAAAUCACUUCUUGGAGUUGUAUCCUGCAGAAUUUCACUGGAACAACAUUAUCAGAUCAUAUACUAGGCUUCACUCCCCCAGCAAGGCACUACAUGUGUACAUCACUAUGUCUAGAGCUGGUGUUCCUCCUGAUACUUUCACCCUACCUAUUGUUUUAAAGGCUAUUGUUCUGAAUUAUGUUGUUAUGGCACGGCAGCUCCAUGGGGUUGCAGUAAAGCACGCUUUAGACACUAAUAUGUAUUGUGAGAGUGGCUUCAUUAGUCUGUACUCAAAGGGUGGUGACUUUGGGAAUGCUCGUAAGGUGUUUGAACAAAAUACUGAAAGAAAGUUGGGGUCUUGGAAUGCUAUUAUAGCGGGGUUGUCACAAGGCGGGCGUGCUAAAGAAGCGAUAGAAAUGUUCUUGGAGUUGAGAGAGAGUGGGUUACAGCCUGAUGAUGUAACCAUGGUUAGUGUGACAUCCGCUUGUGGUGCUCUUGGAGACUUGGAUUUGGCUUCUCAAUUGCAUAAAUGCGUAUUUCAAGCAAAAGCAAUGGAGAAGUCUGAUCUUUUGAUGAUGAAUUCUCUUAUUGAUAUGUAUGGUAAAUGUGGGGAGAUGAAUCUUGCUUAUAGGGUGUUCUCAAGGAUGAAAGAAAGAAAUGUAUCCUCGUGGACUUCUAUGAUUGUUGGUUAUGCGAUGCAUGGGCAUGUUAGAGAUGCGCUUGAAUGCUUCCGUUGCAUGAGGGAGGCAGGUGUUAGGCCUAACCAUGUGACAUUUAUCGGGGUAUUGAGCGCUUGUGUACAUGGUGGGAUGGUGCAAGAAGGAAAGUAUUAUUUCAACAUGAUGAAGAAUGAAUAUGGUAUUGCGCCCAUGUUGCAGCAUUAUGGGUGUAUGGUGGAUUUGCUUGGCAGGGCUGGGUUGCUCGAGGAGGCAAGAGGGACGAUUGAAGGGAUGCCGAUGAAAGCAAAUGUUGUGAUUUGGGGGUGCCUAAUGGGGGCUUGUGAGAUGCAUGGGCAUGUGAAAAUGGGAGAAUGGGUGGCUAAGCACCUGCAACAGUUAGAACCAUGGAACGACGGAGUGUAUGUGGUAUUGUCCAACAUUUAUGCCAGUAAUGGCAUGUGGGAAGAGGUAAGGGGUAUGAGAGCAAUUAUGAAGGAGAGAAAACUUGCCAAGAUUCCUGCUUAUAGCUUGUCAACAAGUUCCGAUUGAGAGUUGAAGGUGGACCUGCCAAAGAUGAAAGAUCAGAAACAUUGCUCUCUCUUACAAGAGUGCACAAGAUGGUUGCCAUAUGCUGCACCUCACAAAACUGGUUCUCAUAGGAGCAAUAUAUCACAUAUUUUUUGCAGUAAUGCAGAUUUUUUCUUAAAAAGUUACACUUUCAGAUUUACAAAGGUUUUGUAUCCCAAUAAGAGACAUGUAACUGAAAUGAAUUUAGUGGAUUAAACAGGGGACCUUUUCUAACCACCCUUCUCCAACAUGACACCAGAAUCUGGUGUUCUCAAGUGCUCUAUGCAAUGGUCAAUGAAAUGGGUGAAAAUUCUGUAUCGGCUGAAUAGUCG